AUGUUUGUUUGGUUAUUAAACCUCUUCAUUAUUUCAUCGUUUUCUUUAAUUAUUCAGAGAAAACAAGACUGUCCAAAUAAAAUUAAUGAACUUACAAGGUUUCAGUUUGGUACAAAUGGUAGUUUAUCUUUUAAUUUACAUAAAAGCAGAAGGAAAGAAUUAAUUCAAACAACAAUUACAAUAUGUCAAAUUCCUAAUAAUGGAGAGAUGAUAAGUUGUGAAAAGAUGCAACAACAAUGUCAAAGUUUUGAUUUAUAUGAUUUAGCUAAAGGAAAUAUUACAUUAAAUAUUAAUAUUACUAUUCCAGAUGAAUAUGGAAUUUAUAUUCUUCAUUGUGGAAAAAGUAGAAACAUUGAAUUAGAUUAUACAUUACAUUUAAGAAAUGGAUUAUCAGAAUUAUCAACAAAUGAAUUAAAGAAUUAUAUUGCAAGUUGCUCAAUAGAAAUUCUUUGGAUUAUAACAAUAAUAAUAGUAAUAAUUAUUUAUUUAGUGUAUCAUAACAACACGUCAUUUGUUCAUUUUAUAAUAGUGGGAAUUAUAUUAAUUUUAUGUAUUAAAGAAGGAUUUCAUAUUUAUUAUUAUAUUUAUUAUAACAUUACAGGAACUCCUAAGUAUCAAUAUAUGACUAUUAGUAAAUUAUUUGAAUCAUUCAGUGAUAUUUUAUUAACUCUUCUUAUUACUUUUAUAACAAAAGGUUGGCUAAUAAUUUAUAAAUCUAUUCCAAUUAAUCGUUGUAAAACAUUACUUAUUGGGAUAUUAAUAUUUUCUAUUUGUUUAUUACUUCAUUGUUUUAUUAGUAAUUCUUUUAUUUUAUUAGCUUUAAUUAUAGCAUUUUUCUUUAUUAUUCCAACUGAACUAUCGACUCUUUCAUUAAAUAUUAAAGUAAUUCAAUUUCAUAUUUUAACAAAUAACAGCAAUAAUUAUUCUCAUUUAAAACGUAAAAUAUUAAUUUCUCGUUUAUUAAUUGGUGGUUUAAUAACAUUUUGGAUACUUUUAUUCCUUGAUAAUAUUGCUAUUCUUUAUGCAAUUCAUAAAACAUUACCAAUCUUUAUCAUUUCUCAAUUAUUACUACGGUUCUUCUUAGUUCUAUGGACUUUAUUUGUUAUUUUUCCAUCAAAUUCAUUUUUUGAACCAAUAGCAGAAAGUAUUAAUUCUGUUAUUUUAAAUCAAAUAGUAACAACUCCUCUUAAACCUCGUGUUUAUGAAGUAACUGAAAAUAUUCAAUCAUUGUUUGAUUCUCAUAAUAUCGUUUUAUUUUGUUAUUCAAGAACAACAAAUUUGUUGAGUAUAAAUCCAUUAUUAUUAGACGGUAUUUUAUUAACUCCAGAAGUAAGACAAAACAACAAAUUGUUUAUCGAUUAA